GUCAGCGACAGUCAGCGAGCGCAGUAGCUUUGUCCUUCACAUGUUCCUGUGCAUAUAAUCUGUUCGUAAAGUCUUGCCAUGGCUGAUUUUAAUUCUAGCUUUGACAUGCCGUCGGCUAGUUUAUCUGAAAACGCGGAAUCUGCGGAGCUCCAGCGUCUGAUUGCGGUGGAGCAGCAGAAGGCUCAGUUUCAAGCCCAGGUUCAUAACUUUACAGAUGUUUGCUGGGAUAAGUGUAUGGAAAAACCGAGCUCUAAGUUGGAUUCACGAACUGAGACUUGUCUCGUUAGCUGCGUGGAGCGUUUCAUCGACACGACGCUCUCAAUCACUAACCGCUUCACGCAGAUGGUGCAGAAGGGCGCGCACUGAGUGAAGCACACCGUCCUUAAGGACAAUUGGCACAUAUUCUUUAUGUUCCUGGUGUGCGUCCUGGAGACUGUUUUACUGCGUUUUACUGGGUCUGAUGAACCCUUUUUCUUUGUCGAAAAAAAAAUGUUCCAAAGCCCUUCUUCAUGAUGUUUAUAGCGCAUCUAUUAAUGCAGCCUGCAGCGAACGAUUACUUUAGCUGGAAAUAAUCAAUAGCCUAGUACCCACUUCUGUAAAUCUGACUGGUUUGAUUUGUGAAUAAAUAAAUGAUACUUUUCAAAAGUAA